AUGCCCGAUACAGACGGCACGGAUGGCGACAUGCUGCGUGAGCUGCCGGACCUGCAGCACUAUGCGCCUCUGCGCGGCGCCUCCGACUACCAUCCGCUGCACACGUUCGACCUGCCCAAGGGCGCCGACCGACACUAUGCACAGCAGUUUGCCGACAUGUACUUCCUGCGCCUGGCCCACCUCAAGGCGCAGGUCAAGGCGCGGGCACAGGACGCAUGGCACGACUUCGAGCUGGGUGGCGCCAAAGCCCAGUUCGUCGAGCGCGUCCUCGAUGUGCGCCAGAGCGAGCUCUGCUGGGUCGUGGGCACCGUCUUCAUGGACCUGGCCAUGAAGCCCAACGUCCUUGACGACAUUACCAAAGAGCAUUGGAUCGCCGCGCCCCCAAAGCGCACCACCUACCUCGAGCCCGCCAAGCCCGCCGACAUGAUGCUCGAGGACGAGUCUGGUCGUCUGCGCGUCACAGGCGAUCCGCUGCGCGCCCACUUCGUCACGGGAUGUGUUCUCGCAGCACUUGGCACUGAACAGGCAGACGGCACCUUCCAAGUCAUUGCCACGCAGUUCGUCGACCUGCCACGCCAGCCCCAGCGCUGGGAGCGCCAAGACGCAACCCUCGCGCACACCAAAGAGCCCACCCCCAAGAGAGAAAAGCCCGGCAAGAUUGCCAUCGUGUCGGGCUUGGAUCUCACGGGCGACGACCCCGAGAACCUUUCCCUGCAGCUGCUCGUCGAGUUUCUGACGGGCCAAGCAUCCGGUCCGCUCGACCAAGACAAAGCCGCCAACAUCACCAGACUGAUCAUCGCGGGCGACUCACUGCGCCGCGCCUCGCCCAUUCUCUCGCGCGACGAGUUCGCUGCCAAAAAGGCUGCAUCAAAACACUAUGGUUACGAUGCCUCCACCUACGACCCCAUACCUACCGGGCGUCUCGACAUCUUUCUUACCCAAAUUCUACCGUCCAUACCCAUCACCCUGCUCCCCGGCGCAUCCGAUCCCUCCAAUGUCGCUCUACCUCAGCAGCCCCUUCAUCCUGCCCUGUUUCCUCGCUCACGGCAUUAUGCUGAACCACCCGCGAGCGGUCUUGACACACUGCACGGCCUGGACAUGGUAACCAAUCCCUGGGAGGGCGAUGUUGAAGGCUACCGUAUUCUGGGCACUAGCGGGCAAAACGUCGCCGACUUGUUCAAGUACGUCGAGAAGGUCAAAACAGUGCAGAUCAUGGAGAUGAUGCUGCGAUGGCGUUGUAUAGCUCCCACGGCACCAGAUACCCUGUGGUGCUACCCAUUCCAAGACGACGAUCCAUUCCUAGUCAAGGAGUGUCCGCACUUGUAUUUCGUGGGCUGUCAGAAGAAAUUCGGGAAGCGGAUCAUUGAGGGACCCGCGGGACAAAAGGUUCUCGUUGUUAGUGUACCUAGGUUCAGCAAAAGAAAGCAAGUGGUCUUGGUGGAUCUGGAUUCUUGGGAAGUGGAAGUUGUGAAACUUGGCAUUGCAGAGCCCUUAGCAUAG